UGAUCGCAGGGCGCACACACACAGGCACACAGUGUAAAAUGGCGCACAGCUGUCGGUGGCGGUUCCCCGCUCGGCCCGGAGGGAGCAGCAACUCCGGCACCGGGAGGAGAGCGGGCCGGAUAAGGGUCACCGCCUCUCUGCAGAGCGUCCCGGGAACCCACCCGUACGCCGCCGGACUCGGACCCGGGUUUGACGCUGCACUACAGGUCUCGUCGGUCAUCGGGAGCAACCUGCGGACAUUUCGGGAUGUUUUGGGGGAAGCGAGUGAUUCGAGCAGCGCGGAGGAUGAAGCAUUUGGAGGAUUUGGAACCGGCACUGAGCAGAAAAGAAUACCAAGUCCAUCAACAACCACUUCAGCUGGCCCGCCCAUACAGGAAAAGAAGCCAAGAGGGCGUCCGCCACGUGCCCUGACUGCCCAAAAAGCUGCUGCUGCUGGUCAACGUUCGCCUCCCUCCCUCAUCUCCACUACACAGGCCAAACCUGAAGGCCCUGAAAGGCCAGCUGAGAAGGUAAAAAGACUGCCUGGGAGACCACCUGGCUCCGGCGAAAAGCGAAGAGGCCGUCCCCCGUCCUCAAGUUCUAAAAAAACUUGGAGUACAGGCAACCAUGCAGCAGCCGAGGACAGCAGGCAGGCCGGGUCUGAGUCGGGCAUGGACACAGAGGAGGACGCAGACAGAAGAGGUGCAAAGAGAUCACCGCUGGGGUCUGCUCAGCCGCACGAUGCCAGUCUGCCUAAAGGUGGGCGGAGCGAAUCCAAAGUUUCCAACUUGAAGCGAGCAACUACGCUGACAUCAUUCAAGUCGCGCCUCAAGGCGUUGCCCGGUGUUCCUCGGCGCAGGCGUGGACGCCCGCCGUCAGCGGAGCGCCUCAAAGCUGAGGCAGCGGCUAAGCUGUCUUCCUCUACAAAAUGUGGGGAAGGAAAACAAAAAACCUUCAAGGGAGGGGACAGAGGAAUAGAAGCACAAACUCCUCAACAGACCAUGCUGAGCCACGGCAAUGCAACAGGAGACCAAAACUCUUCUAAUGCUCCCGCCUCGCCAUCUCACUCCAAGCCAGACCGGACUGUGGGACUCCGAAAAAGCCCUCGUCACAGGAAGCCAGUUAGGAUUGUUCCACCGUCGAAGCGCACAGAUGCGACCAUUGCGAAGCAGCUGCUGCAGCGCGCCAAGAAAGGAGCACAGAAGCGCCUUGAGAAAGAAUCUGUGGCCAGCGGAGCAAGCACCUUUGAGACUGGCAUUAGGAAGACGCAGCUCAAGAACAUCAGGCAGUUCAUCAUGCCCGUGGUCAGCACCGUUUCCCUUCGCAUCAUCAAAACCCCGAAGCGCUUCAUUGAAGAGGAGGGCAGCUUUGUGUCACCUCCACCCCAUAUGAAAAUCGCACGGUUAGAAGCGGCCAACUCAUCUGUCGCCACGUCCACACAUGCCACCUCAACCGCCUCUUCCUCCCCCUUGCCGGCGAUUGUCUCCUCGACAGUGACCACCACCAGCACUGGUACUACUGCUCCCAUUGAGUCCCUACCGCCUCCGCCUCCGCCACCUCCAGCUCCUGCCCCUACUCCUCCAUCAACAGCUGACAGUCUGCUCAAUAGCAAUACCGACAAUGCGGCCAACGGUCGUUUCAGCAGUAGCGCUGCGUCUUGCGGCUCAAGCGCUGUGUCCCAGCAUUCCUCUCAGCUUUCUUCUGCAGAGUCUUCCAGAUCCAGCAGCCCCACUCUGGACGACUCCUCCUGUGAUUCUCAGGCUUCAGAAGCCACGCAAGCUUUGUCGGAGCCUGAGGAGCACUCUCCAUCCUCGCAGGGAAAACGAGAGAUCAAUCUGCUACACAGCUCCCGGCCGCCCUCGCCUCCCCCAGAACCGGAACGUGUUGUAUCUGAGAGGAGUCGCCAUGGUCGCAGAGGACAGGGGGUUAGUCGGGGUAAUCAGGGCCAGAUUAUACGGGAGAAACUCCCUGCCGGGGCCAAAAAGCCAAUCAUCAGCCCUCCCACGGGGGUGCUCAUGUCGUCCUCACUUCUAAACUCCCAACAAGUGUCGUCCACGGCGUCUUCUUCUUCCUCGCCCCCACCUCCUCCUCUCCUCACGCCACCACAGCCUCCCCAGUCAGCCUCCUCUAGUGCUGCUAUCAGCGAGCACCACUCCCAGUCACCCUGGUUGCCACACCCCAUCCCUCCAUUUAUGUCUGGCUCGUCAGUACUGUCUAGCUUGUCGGACAAACGCAGCCGCUCCAUUCUGAGAGAGCCCACCUUUCGCUGGACAUCCCUGCCCCACCCUGAAUACCAGUACUUCUCGUCUGCCAAGUACGCCAAAGAGGGCCUCAUUCGUAAACCCAUCUUUGACAACUUCCGUCCUCCCCCGCUCACCGCUCAGGAUGUAGGCCUGCUGCCGCAAAGUGUCAGUGGAGCAGGGGGCGCUGCUUCGGGCUCCUUCCCCACGCAAGGUGGUGGCUCAGGAACAGGGAACCGCCUGUUCGCGCCUCUUCACACUCACAGCCACCACCAGCACCCCCCCUCGUCUCGCUUUGAUCCUCCACUCCAGAAGCGUAGCCCGCUGUUGCGCGCGCCUCGCUUUACGCCUAGUGAAGCCCACUCUAGGAUAUUUGAAUCCGUUACACUGCACUCGUCGUCCGGCAGCAGCCCCGGCUCUCUCUCCCCGCACCAGAAGUCGUCCGGCUCCGGUCGUAGCUCUCGACGUAGAAGGAGACUCAUCCCGGGAUUGUUACGCAGCCAGACGCGGUCACCUUCCCACUCUAUGACCAGGCGCAGCAGCCAAAUAGGGGGACAUACGUCUGUAGGGAGACGCUCCACUGAGAUGUCUGCUUUGUCGGACUCUGCCUCCAGUAGUAACGCCAGCUCCUUGCCAGGGGGCUCCGCUACUAGUGCCUUAAGUCCUACUCCUUUCGGCAACUUCUCCAUUUCCAAGGGUCUGAGCUCACAGGGUAUACCUGACAGCAGGAGAGGACAAGCUGGAAACCCACCACCUCCUUUGACAACAUCAUCCUCUUCUUCGCCAAUUUUCCCUCUCUUUUCAUCCAGUGCCCAUGACACAGGGCGAGCAGCUGGUAAAGGAAGUAAAGAGAAAAGCUUGUCCGCUCCCCGGGAGCCUUCUCCAAAGGACAAAGAUGCUGAGAAAAACAGGGAGAAGGAAAAUAAGAAGGACGGGAGGAAGGCUGUGGAGAAAAGGUGUAAGGUUACUACUCCAGAUGGCUCCCCCAAUGCGCCCUCCAGCCUCUUUGUUGAUGGGAGGGACUCGGAAGAUGCUCUUUUAUCUCUCGCUCCUAAAAAGGCUCCAGGGAGAAAAAAAUCAAUGUCAGUUGAUGCGGUUACAGACACUCCAACCUGUGAGGUACGCAGUCUCCAUGCUGCCGUUCCCAAUUCCAUUGCAAAGAGCCGCGUGCCCAAGAAAGGGAGGCCCAGCGACAAGGGAGCAGAUGAGGAUGAUGGGGAAAAGGAGAAAGAGAAGCAAAGUGCUUCCAGCCAACAGGCGGCCAGCUGCAUGGGGCAGCCGGGCAAACAACAGCUACCGGUCUCCUCGCUCGGAUCAGUGUUGGAACAAGCAGAGAAGCAACCUGCGACCGACAAGCGGGUAGUUGGACUGCUAAGAAAGGCCAAAGCCCAGCUCAUUGAAAUAAAGAAGAACAAGCUGAAGUCUGCAGAUCAAACCAAGAUCCAGGGUCAGGAGAGCGAUUCCUCAGAGGCCUCAGUACGUGGGCCACGCAUCAAGCAUGUUUGCCGCCGGGCAGCUGUGGCGCUCGGCCGCAAUCGCGCAGUGUUCCCCGACGACAUGCCCACACUUAGUGCCUUGCCAUGGGAGGAGAGGGAGAAGAUCCUGUCUUCCAUGGGGAAUGACGACAAGUCCUCGGUCGCAGGCUCAGAGGAGGCCGAGCCCCAGUCGCCUCCCAUAAAGCCACGGGAGACGCGGCAAAAGGCUGUCCUAGAAGCUCCUCCUAAAAAGGGUCGACGAUCGCGGCGCUGUGGCCAGUGUUCAGGCUGCCAGGUUCCUGAAGAUUGUGGGGUCUGUACCAACUGUCUCGACAAGCCCAAAUUUGGUGGGCGGAACAUUAAAAAACAGUGCUGCAAGAUGAGGAAGUGUCAGAACUUGCAGUGGAUGCCCUCAAAGAUGUUUCUUCAGAAGCAAGGCAAAGGCAAGAAGGACAAGAAAAAGAACAGGUUGGCUGAGAAGAAAGAGGGUCUUAAUCCAGUUAAAGGACAAAAUUCGGAGCCUGCAGGCCCAAAAUAUAGUACUGCACCACCUAAGGAGGACGCUCUCCACAAAAGGAGCGAAACUCCUCCUUCCAAGCUGGUAGAGGAAAAAUCCAAACAGCCAUCCUCACCAGCUCCGUCUUCGUCCCCCUCCCCGGAUCAAUCCCCACAAACCACCAGCACGUUCACUGCCCCGGACCAAUCUCCAGACCCCAAACAGCUCUCUGUCUCAGAGGGCGCCACGAGCGAGAAGGGGCAAAAAGCGCAGAAGCCGGCCUCCUCAUCCACGUCUUCAUCUUCUUCCUCGUCGCCCUCCUCGUCCAGCUCAACGUCAUCCUCAUCAUCGUCCUCUUCCUCCACUUCGUCUUCGCCCCAGAAUUCCCCCGCACUUUCGCCAUCUGCGCUGUCAGAUCCUCAAUCGCCGCAACAGGAGCCGCCGAGCAGUCAGGCACCCUCAAAGAAAGACGCCUCCCCCAAGAUUCCUUUGAGCGAGCCCAAGAAGAAGACCCAGCAGCCAUUACCGCAAAGCUCAACAUCAUCAUCAGACACAGUUGACCCAAAGCAAUUGAAGAAGCCAACUUCUCACUCCCUCCUUCCAUCUUCAAAGCAGAAACCAAAAGAAAAGACGCUGACCACGAAACCCCCCGGCAGCUGUACUUUAAACUGGCUGGGCACUCCCUCGACAAGGGGCCAGGAGAAGUCAACGGCGCCCUGCGACGGAGUGCAUCGAAUCAGAGUGGAUUUCAAGAGGGACCCUGAUGUGGAGAAGGUGUGGGAGGCUGGCGGCCUCAGCCUGCUCACUUCUGUGCCUGUCACGCCCAGGCUGCUCUGCUUCUUAUGUGCAAGCAGUGGAAAUGUGGAGUUUGUUUUCUGCCAGGUGUGCUGUGAACCUUUCCAUCUCUUCUGCUUGGGGGAGUCGGAGCGUCCUCUCCAGGAGCAGUUUGAAAACUGGUGUUGUCGCCGAUGCCGCUUCUGCCAGGCCUGCGGUCGCCAGCAUCAGAAAACUAAACAACAGCUGCUGGAAUGUGAUAAGUGCCGUAACAGCUAUCACCCAGAGUGCCUGGGUCCCAACCACCCUGCGAGACCCACCAAAAAGAAGAGAGUCUGGAUUUGCACCAAGUGUGUGCGCUGUAAGCGUUGCGGAGCCACCAAACCUGGAAAGUCCUGGGAUGCCCAGUGGUCACAUGACUUCUCCAUGUGUCACGACUGUGCCAAACUCUUUGCUAAAGGGAACCCAUGCCCGCUUUGCAAUAAGUGCUAUGACGACGACAACUGCGAGAGCAAGACCAUGCAGUGUGGACGCUGCAACCGCUGGGUCCAUGCCAAGUGUGAGAGCCUGACAGAUGAAAUGUACGAGCUGCUGUCCAAGCUGUCGGACAGCGUUGCCUACACGUGUGUCAAAUGCACGGAACGCCAGCCGGCUGAGUGGCGGACGGCGCUGGAUGAGGAGCUCAAGGGCUGCAUUCGCCACGUCCUCGCGGCGCUGCUCAACUCGCGCACCUCGGCGCACCUGCUACGCUACAGACAGGCAGGGAAACCUCCGGAGCUAAACCCAGAGACCGAAGAGAGUCUUCCAUCUCGUCGCUCGCCCGAGGGCCCAGACCCUCCGGUUCUGACUGAAGUCACACCUUCUGCUGCUAGGGAAUAUCCUGCGGACCUGGAGUCUGUGGUGAAAAAGAUGGAUCAGGGUCGCUACAAGUCUGUGCUGGACUUCAGCGACGACAUUGCACGAAUCAUUCAGACAGCCAUUAACAGUGAUGGUGGUCAGCCUGAGAGCAGAAGGGCUAACAGCAUGGUCAAGUCUUACUUCAUCCGGCAAAUGGACCGAAUAUUUCCCUGGUUCAAAGUGAAAGAGUCGAGUGUCUGGGAACAAGCAAAAGUCUGCGCCAACAGUGGUCUCCUCCCCAAUGCUGUUUUGCCCCCGUCUUUGGACCACAACUACGCUCAGUGGCAGGAGAGACAGGGACUGUCCCGCUCUGAGCACCCGCACCUCAUCAAGAACAUCAUUCCAGCUCCCUGCCCCAAGACCCCCUGUGAACCAGACUCGCGAGCCACCACUCCUCAACACCCUCCAUCUUUACCACCGCCACCUCCACUCAUACCAGAUUGUGAAGACAUCCCAGAGCGUCCUCCUCCACCAGGCCUGAGUGAUAACAGGCAAUGUGCACUGUGUCUAAAAUACGGAGACGAGAACACACACAAGGGGGGCAGGUUGCUGUACAUGGGUCAGAACGAGUGGACGCACGUCAACUGUGCACUGUGGUCAGCUGAGGUGUUUGAGGACGACUACGGCUCGCUGAAAAAUGUACACACGGCGGUUCUCAGGGGGAAAAAGUUGCGCUGUGAGACGUGUCAACAGCCGGGAGCCACAGUGGGUUGCUGCUUCGCAUCUUGCACCAGCAACUACCACUUCAUGUGUGCCCGUCAUUGCCACUGCGUCUUUCUGGAGGACAAGAAGGUCUACUGUCCUAAGCACAAGGAACUCAUUAAAGGAGAAGUAGUGUCUGGCUUUGAGGUGGCUCGCAGGGUACUAGUUGACCUAGAGGGGAUGAGUGUGAAGAGGAAAUGGUUGUCAGGACUGGAGCCAGAAAAUGUCCACAUGAUGAUAGGCUCCAUGGCCAUUGACUGUUUGGGUAUACUGACUGAACUUUCAGACUGCGAUCGCCAACUGUUUCCCCUUGGAUACCAGUGUUCGAGGGUAUAUUGGAGUACCUUGGAUGCUCGAAAGCGUUGCAUGUACACUUGUAGGAUCCUGGUGUGUCACCCUCCUGUGGGAGAGGCUGCACUGAAGAGCAUGGUGGCUUCUGAGGAGAAUCACACAAUCGCACACAGCCCACCUCCCAUACAAGACUUUCCUGAUCCCUUUGAGUCACAGAGGCGCUCCGACACGCUUUACCCUGCAAACACCCCCAAGCUCAGGGUCUACACCAGGAACCGGCACCCUAGCUACCCACCUGCCACCCAAAGCUUGCAAGGCCAUAGUCCAAUGCCAUCUCCAGGAGGUUCCUCUCAGCUCCAAAGUCAUGUCAUGGCCGCAGGAGAGUCACCAUUGGACCCUCGGAAUGUUGAUUCACGGCACUACAACUCCCCUACACUCCCCCUUCCUCCGCAGCAGCUGCACAAGGAGAGGCGGGUGAAAUCACUCCCUCAGAUUUUGCCACGGCCCCUUACUUCACCCCCUCCGCUUAUCUCCUCACCCAUCAGAGACCCUGAAAAGGCUAAACACUUUGUCAAGAACGACAAAAGGUGCAGACUGUUGACAGCAGACAGGAAUAAACAACAAGGAUCCAGGAAAGCAGACAAGGUUAAGACAUUAAGUCGAGAUCAGUCGGACAUAAGUGAAUCAACAGCCAAAGAACAAGAAAAAUGGAGACCAGGCAUUAAAGAAUCAGAGAGAGGCAGAACUCUGGGAAAAGACUCAUUGGGAGAUUCAGAGAAGGUGCGACAAAUAAACCAAGACUCUGAAAAAGGAAGACCGGUCAGCAGAGAGUCAAACAGCAAAGACGCAGAUAGCAACAAAUCAUCCUUAAGAGAUUCCAACAUGAAGGAUAUCGAAAAAGCAAGAUCUGUCAGCAAGGAUUCUGAGAAACAUCGACUACUUAAUAGGGAAUCAGGAAAAGACAGACCAUCCAGCAGAGACUCUGAAAAGUCGAGACCUCCCUCAAGGGACUCCAGUCAUAGAAGCACCGAGAGAAAUAAAGACUUAGGGAAAGAGAUUGACCCUGGCAGCCAGUCUAAGCAGAGUGCAGGCGAGAGUAAGAACGCCAGGCUGCCACCUGCUGGCUCGGGUCAAUCCUCUCCUCCUGUGGGCACCGCUGUACUCUCCAGUCAGCAAAGAAGUGGCAGCACCAAGCAGGCCGACCGGCACAGCAAACCUGGAAGCAAAGAGCAGAAUGUCUCUGAAAGCCCCAGUGCUCACAAGUCCACCUCUAACAUCAAGACCAGCUCAGAGAAAGAGAGCAUUGGAAGCUUAGCGCCAUCUUCACUCUUCAACGACUCCCAUGUAGGGAAAUCCAGCUCCCCGACUGCUACGUGGAAAUCAAAUGAUUAUUCAUCAGGUCCAGCUGCAGAAGCGGCCAUGAAACCUCUUUGGCCAUCCAGGACAGCAGCAGAUGAUGACCUUGUCAAACCAAGCUCCAUACACCUGGUGACCCCGGCUGCAGCCUCAGCUGCCAAAAACAAGCUUUCCAAAGUCAAGGCAGGAGGCAACAGAGACGUGUCCAAAAGUCGGGAGAAAGGUCUCCAAAACAGCAAGAAUGACAGCAAAUCCCCGCUCUUAAACAAUAACGCUAAAGCUCCUGGCACAACAAAUCACAACAACAGCAAUAGUAAAAUUCCGAUGCUUGCAAGCGGCACUAAAAGUAAUUGCAAGGCUCAGGGGGAGAGGCCGGAGAACCUGGGAUCUAACAGGUUGUUUUCAAAAGGCAGAGAAAUUUUCAGCUCCAGUGUGGACAACUUCCAAGGGAUAAAGACAUCUUCCCAGUUCCACGUCAAACCAACUAUGAAGCAGCUGGUGUUGUCUAACAGGGAAAAGAAGAAAUCUGUAAAAACCUCCAAUGCACCACUGAAGCCCAACAUGAAGAGCGACCCUAACGGCACCAGCGGCAUGGAUGGUAUUUCUUCCUCCUGUCCCACCACAACUACCUCUUCGGCUUCUCCUGCUGGACAGGAGGCCCGUUUCUGUGCCCGCUCUGCUCUCUUCUCCUCACCCUCUGCCAGCAGCAGUGACAGCUCAGAGUCUGAUCUCCAAACUCAAACAGAGGAGGAGGACCAUAAACAUCACCCAUGCGGCGAACUCCGAGACCACCGCGGACUCCUUGCUCAAGGCACUGAAGAUGAGGCAGACGGCCCCGAUGGUUACCACGACAGAAGUAUGGACGACGCGCAUCACGAGGACGACAGUGACGGCUCGGGGUCGGCAAAGCGUCGCUACCCUCGACGCAGUGCUCGCGCACGCUCUAACAUGUUCUUUGGACUUACACCUUUCUACGGGGUCCGCUCCUAUGGGGAGGAAGACCUUCCUUUCUAUGGCAGCGGGGAUGCAUCCGGCACCAUGGUUAAGAGGAGGACUGGCAAAAAGUCAGCUGAGGGGCAGGUGGACGGCGCGGAUGACAUGAGCACAUCCUCUUCAUCGGGGGACAGUGGAGACGAAGAGGACGGGUGUAUGAGCCAGAGAGUCAAGGACCCUUAUUACUAUAACUUCACAAGGACAAUAAUCAACCCAGGAGAGGGCCUGCCAUCUAUAGAAGGACUGGAUCAGUGUCUGGGACGUGGCUCGCAGCUGCAGCGCUUUCUGAAAGAUGAAGAACAGCAGCAGCAGAGGGUGCAAGGGAAAAAUGACGAGGACUUGCUCAAUGCACUGACUUUAGGCAAGCAGCACAUAGGUCAGCUUGACGGCAAUGACGAUGGCUCAGAGAGCGACACGAGCGUCUGCACCACCAGCACAACGACCCCCACUACAGCCACCGUGUCUUCCACGCCGCACAAGACCACUCCGAGGAGAAGGGCCAGAGACCGGCACCAGGAGAAACUGGACUCCCAUGAGUCGACCAAGGAGGUGCACACCAGCAGCGGAGCGAUGAGCGGUGCGGUAAACACUCGAGAAGCCCGAAAGAACCAGAAAGAGAACUGUCUGGCUUUAGGCGGCGGGGUCAAGUCACAGGAUCCUCUGGAAGCCCAGCUUUCCCUCAGCACGGACUUACUGAAGUCGGACUCUGACAACAACAACAGUGAUGACUGCGGCAACAUCUUGCCGUCAGACAUCAUGGAGUUUGUCCUCAACACACCUUCCAUGUCCAUGCCGGCUCUUGGUCAACAGCCUGAGUCUUCCUCUUCUGAGCUGCUGCUGGAUGAGAGCUAUGUUGGGGUGGACGUCAACAGACGUAAAGAUAUCCUUUUUGAAGACUUUUCCCACCCUCUUCCCAGUGCUGAGACUGGAGGAGUAGGAGAGAGCAGUGUGAAUAGUUCCAUAUCUGUAGAGGAGCCCUACCUUCCGCUUGAGCUGCCCUCUGACCUCUCAGUCCUAACCACACGCAGCCCUACUGUGAGCUCCAAUCAGAAUCAGAACCUCAUCUCAGAUACCUCAGACCGCACCAUGUUGAGCUUGACCUCUGACCCAGAAACCAUGAGUGGAGAGAAGAGUGAGGACAAGAAAAGAGCGGGGCCAGAAGCUUCCCCCUCAGAGAACCAACAUGAUGCUUCGACUUUGGCAAACAGGGAUACGCAAGUCAGUGACGGUCACAUGACCCCUGAGCAGUUUAUUCCUAGCCCUGCCAUUGGUCAAGGGGUUGGAACUCCAGUUAGUCAGGAAGUUUCUAGGAAUCCUGCUACUCCUGGUUUGCCAAGCUCUCCUGCCCUGCCCCUUCAGGGUCAAAAGUUUAUCUCUACCUCGGCUGCAGCAGCAGGCAGCCCCAGCCCUGUACCUGGUGCAGGACUGUCCAACGCUCAAGUCUCCACCCCAACUGUCAUUAAACCGGGCCCUGAUAAACUCAUCGUUGUUAACCAACAGUUUCAACCUCUAUACGUCCUUCAGACUGUCCCAAAUGGGGUGACACAAAAAAUAACUGCCACCGGAGUGAUGGACGCAAGCUCUCAAGCGGUCCUAAGCUCCAUGACACUUGCCACAGCGUUGAAUACGUCCCAGCCUAUAUUUACUGCAGGUGGCAAAGUCUUAGGUACGAUGUCUCACUCCUCUCAGAUUCACACGUUCAGAGGAGCAGCCCAGACCGGUUUCCAGACUGGAAUCCCCAGCACCACUUCAGGUCUUCUCAUCGGGUUGCCCUCUCAAGCUCACGACCAGCCUCAGAUCCUGGUCUCUGAGGCCGGUCGGCCACACGAGUUGGGUCACAGCGUUGCCAUAGUGUCCAGCCCCUCUUCUCUCACUGCAGUCCCAACCGUGCUGUCCUCCGCUCACGGAAAAAAGAGGCCCAUUUCUCGCCUUCUGCCGAAAAAGCCCAAAAGGUUGGCCCGCUCUCGCAGUCAGCCCACCCUUGCCCCAGAUGUUGGUCCUCCUAACAUGACCCUCAUCAACCUCUCAUCCCCUCAGAUUACUGCUAGCAUCCCCGGCCAGCCUGGUAGCCUCGUCGAGCUAAGCGCACUCAGCGGCUCCCAGCGUAAGGUUCCCAAUAUUAUCAAGAGACCCAAAUCAGGGGGUGUUAUGUACUUGGAUCCUGCUGCACUCCUUCAGCAGAGGAUUUCUGCUCAGGCUGGCAUGCUGGAAUCCUCCACUCACAUCUUACCUUGCACCGCUACUGGUCUCAACCCGAGUCAAUCCGUUUUGAACGUUGUGCCAGUGUCUCCUGGUGGUGCUGCCGGCCUGCUGGCGCCCGGGUCCGUGUCCCUUACAACGCCUGUCUUUAGCUCUGCUGAACUCACAGGGACAAUUAGCAACCUCUUGUUUACUGCUAGCCCACACAGAUUGGGCCUCUCCGAUCAGCCAAUGGUCCUUCAGUCUUCAGGAGCGACUCCGCUGAUGUCCCAACUCGGCUCCCAAGUUCAGACCUCCAUAGCCAGUGGCAUCUGUGUCCUGCCUCACCAACAGUCCAUCAGUGUGGCUGUCAACCAGCAAGGAGAGACAGACGUCAGCACUGUGCACUUACAGCAACACAACUUUUCCAGGGCCCAGACCGUGGAGUCCAGUCCGAGCACCACCGUCACGAUAGCACCGGCUUUGAGCCCGGCUAAGGGGCACGUUGUUGGGGUGUUUAACCAGACCUUGCACUCCCAGAGUAGCAGAACCACUCCCAUUUACCUCUCCUCGGAACAAAACUUGCAAAACUCCACUAGGACAGAAAAGAGCAAAGUGAAAGCUAAAAGAAGCAGACAGAGCCCAGAAAUGAGCAACAGCAAAAAAGUCAAAGUGUCUCAAGCGGAGGAACAUCCCAGUAACCCCGCAGCACGACUCUCCUCAAAGCCAAGUUCACAAGAAGCCAGCUGCCCUGAGCCCAUGGACACAAGUGAGUCCCCCUCCAAGAACAAAAAUGUCCUCAGUAAAAAGAGGAGUUCAGAAGAUCUAACAGGAAAGGCGGCAAAAGAAAACAAAGGUUCUACCAUUGGUCUUGAGGAUGGCGGCAGCAAAGACGGCAAACCCAAGAAGGGCAUCAUCUUUGAGAUCCGCAGUGAGGACGGCUUCCAUAUCCGCUGUGAGAGCAUUGAAGAGGCCUGGAAGUCGCUGACUGAUAAAGUACAGGAAGCUCGUUCUAACGCCAAAUUGAAGAAGGUGUCCUUUGAAGGCUUGAACGGACUAAGGAUGUUGGGAGUCAUCCAUGAAGCUGUCUUGUUCCUGUUAGAGCAGCUGUACGGCACCAGGCACUGUCGGAGCUACCGUUUCCGUUUUCACAAACCUGAGGAAACCCAGGAACCUCACAUCAACCCUCACGGCUCAGCGCGGGCAGAGGUCCACCAAAGGAGGUCUGUUUUUGACAUGUUCAAUUUCUUGGCCUCAAAACACCGCCAGCCUCCAGAGUACAGGCCGCAGGGAGAGGAUGAGGAGGAAGGACAGCUGAAGACUGCCAGACGUGCAACGAUGGAACUGCCGCUCGCUGUGAGGUUCAAACAACUCAAGGCCACCUCUAAGGAAAUAAUUGGCGUCUACAGAUCUCCAAUCCAUGGCCGAGGUCUGUUCUGCAAGAAAACCAUUGAUGCGGGCGAGAUGGUCAUCGAGUAUUCCGGGAACGUGAUCCGCUCCGUGCUGACGGACAAGCGGGAGAAAUACUACGACGGCAAGGGGAUCGGCUGCUACAUGUUCCGCAUCGACGACUACGAGGUGGUGGACGCCACGGUGCACGGUAACGCCGCCCGCUUCAUCAACCACUCGUGCGAGCCCAACUGCUACUCGCGGGUGAUCGCGGCCGACGGCCAGAAGCACAUCGUCAUCUUGGCCUCCCGCCGCAUCCACCCCGGCGAGGAGCUGACGUACGACUACAAGUUCCCCGUGGAGGACGCCGGCCACAAGCUGCCCUGCAACUGCGGCGCCAAACGGUGUCGCAAGUUCCUCAAUUGACCCGCCUGCGCCGGUUUGUACCAACGUUGAAUAUGCAGAGGAGGAGGGGCCAUUAAUUUCCUGUGCCUCCUUUUCGUGUCACGUCACUCUUUGUUUUCCAAUUUGACCGACUCGUUUUUACAUGGCCCAUCCUCCUUCACUUUAAGAUGUGUCACUGGUGGACCGUUACAACAAAAAUCAAAGAACUCGGCUCCACUUUACACCAAAGUGCAAUUUGUUGAAGGGAACAGAAAAAGACUAGAAUCGGUUUUGCGGUGUGUAGCGAAGCCUGCUUUUCUGCACACAUCUCCCAUAUCUCCCAGUGUGAAUGUGCCCUGAUGCCUUCACAACCACGGUGACUUGACCUGCUCACCUCACCUGACCCCCAUUUAUCCGAUUAGAGCGUUGUGGAGCGAGCAAGGCAGCUUGAGAUUCUGGUGGACUGACAGCCAAGGACCGCCCGUCCCACCCGAGACCCUACUGACGUGCUUUAGUAGACAUAUUUAUUCCUAUUUGUUUGUCGAGAAAGUGCGCGUCGAUUUUGUUCCAAAACGACAGCAGCAAAGAGAACCAAACAAACAAGGCGCCCUUGAAUUGAUAUUUUAUGUGACUAUUAUGAAAAUGUUCGUAUUUGUAUUUAGUUUUUUGUCUUUUUUUAUUGGGACGAGCAAAUAUCACGCUUUUUAAAGAAUAAAUGUAUAUAAUGUAUAUUUUUCUACAGUGGAAAAAAAAGCACUCACUAGUGAAUAGCACUUAUUGAUGGUAUUUAUAUUUUUUUAAAACAAAUCAUAUUUAUUUUGAUGCCAUUUUUUGUAGAAACUAGAGGUUUACAAACACUAAUGCGCGCUCUGUUUUGUACUCCGCUGCCUUUUUUUGCUUUGUUUUUGUAAAUCUGAAUGUUUUUGUUUGAUUCCAAAGACUGACGCUGGUCUGUGGUUUGGUCCAAAUUGGCUUCUUCAGUCCACCAGAAGAUCUUCUCUUCUGGGCUCAUGUGAAAUACUACUAUGGUUAUGAUUAUGAUGAUGAUUAUGCACUUGGGAGAGGUUGGCUGAUGAUGGAUGCUUAGCUGAUAUCUCCUCUCCCCAGCCUUACUGUCUCCUCACUACAGACACAAGCAGUCAUAUCUCAAAUAUCAACACGCUUCAUCUCACAUCUGACUCAACUCUGCUUUGUUAUCAAGCAGGUGCCUUUUAUUUAUGUUCAUGCUCCAUGCAGCUUAACAAGGAGUAUUAGGACCACACUGAAAAGAAAACUACUUUCUUCCCUUUAAAGUAUGGCAUCCUAAAAAAAAAUAUGUCUUUUUACCCUUGCAGUUUUACCACUUAGUUUUAAAAAUUACAAUUUAUCCUUUGCAGGGUUACAGCUUUAUUUUCUUAAAAUUACUUUUCUUUUUAAAUAUCACAUUCUCCUAAAGUGAAUAAUUUAUUCUUGUAAUAUUAACACACAACUUUAUUUUUGUAAAAAUGUGACAUUCUCAUAAAAAGACUUUGUGCCAUAUUACAACUUUAUUCUUAUAAAUCUGUGACUUUUCACUUGAAAUAUAUAUAUGACAUUCUCCUACAAUGAUGACUUUUUGUUUAGAUUAUGAAUACAUGUACCGUUACACAACUAGAAAUUAGGCUUUUUAGUCAUUAAAAAUUACCCUGCAAUAUUUGGACUUUCUUGUAAUACUACAACUUAAAUGUCAUAAAAUCACAACUUUAUUGUCAUGAUAAAAUAGUAUGACUUUUUCUUGUAACAUUAGUUUAAUAUAACUCAAGUGUCAUGAAAUCGCCACUUUUUUUCUCUCAUUUUAACUUUAUUUUCAUGACACACAGUAUUGCGUCUUUUAUCUUGUAAUAUUACGGCUUAACUGUCACAAACUGCAACAUAUUUCUUUACAUAGGACUUUUUUCUUGUAAUAUUUCAACUUAAACAUAAAAUCACAGCGUACAGUAUUUCCUCAUAUUAUGACUGACUUUUUUCUCCAAAUAUUACAACUUUGUCAUAAAAUCGCAACUUAAUUCCUCAUAUUAUAACUUUAUUAUCAUAAUAUACAUUAUGACUUUUUCACUUGUAAUAUAACUUUGACCUUUUUGUCCAAAUGUUACGACUUUGGCAUAAAAUAUAUUGUAGCUUUUUGUUUGUAAUAUUAUGACUUAAUCAUAAAAUUGCAACUUUAUUGCUCAUACUUCACAAUAUUGUGAACGUCAUAAAAUAAUAUAUUGCAAUUUUUUUUACUUGUACGCAAUGAAAGUGAAACUUUUGCCCUCAAAUUAUGUCUUAGAUUUUUUUCCCUCAAAAUGAAAUGACUUUGUUAUAAAUUACUACAAAUCUGAACUUGUAAUGUUACAACUUAUAUGGAAAUACAGAAAUUAUGACUAUUGUCAUAAUAUACAGUAUUAUGAUUUUUUUAAUUAACUUCAUAAAAUUGCAACUUUUCCCCUCAUAUCACAACUUGACUUUUUUCUCCAAAAAUGUUAACUUUAAUGUCAUAAAAUACUACUUUUUAUAUGUCAUAUUGCAACUUGAACGUCAUGAAACUUCAAUGUUUCCUAUCAUAUUAACCUGGGCUUGUUUCCUUCAAAUAUGACUGAAUUGUCAUAUCAUACAGUAUUAUGACCUUUUCUUGGACUAUUACGACUUGGACUUUUUCCUACAAAUGUAACUUUAAUGUCAUAAAAUAGUACUUUUUACUCAUCAUAUUACAACUUAAAUGUCAUAAAACUGCAAGUAUUCUCCUCAUAUUACAAAUUGGACUUGUUUCCCCAAGUAUGAGGGAAUUGUUAUAAUAGUAUUAUGACCUUUUGAUUAUGAUAACAUAAAAUCUCAACUCUCCGAUUUUAUAUUUUGACUGGCUUUUUUUCCUCCAACUAUUCUAACUUUAUUGUCAUAAAAUACAACUUCUUACUUGUCAUAUUUCGACUUGAACUUUCACCCCGAAAUAUUAGGGCAUUAUUGUCAUACAUACAGAGGGCCUAGGAUGUUUUCUUGUAAUAUUACAACUUGAACGUCACAUUAUAUAACAUUUCUAAUUUGACAAGCUAUUGUUGCAACUUUUUCUAGUAAUAUUACAAAUUGAUUUGUCAUUCAAGAUGUAUUUUUUCUUUUCAGUGUCUUAUUACUCCUUAGUGCUCAUCAGUGUUAAAAAAGAUACAUGACUUGUAUUAUGACUGUCAUUCAUUAGCAGUGACUCCCAUGCUGCCCCCUAGUGGUCAAAGCCCUCAACAACA